CUGACCAACUUGAACCUCCAUGGUAACAGCAUCGGCGCAGAGGGCGCAAAGGCAAUCGGCGAGGCGCUCGCGGUCAAUGGGGUUCUGACCAAUUUGAACCUCUACGGGAACGAGAUUGGCGACGAGGGCGCCACUGCGAUCGCCGAGGCGCUGCGCGGCAAUGGGGUGCUGAAAGAGCUCGACCUCGACUGCAACGAGAUCGGCGACGAGGGUGCCAAGGAGCUGGCUUCCGCUCUGCGCUUCAACGGGGUGCUGGCCGAGCUCGACUUGUCGGGCAGCCCAUUUGGCGUCGGCGGCAUUGGCGACGAGGGUGCCAAGGCGCUAGCAUCCGCUCUUCGCGUCAACGGGGUGCUGACCACCCUCGAGCUCGGCAACAACAACAUCGGCGACGAGGGUGCCAAGGCGAUUGGCGGCGCCCUCGCGGUCAAUGGGGUGCUGAAAAAUCUCGACCUCGGCGACAACGAGAUCGGCGACGAGGGCGCGAAGGCGAUCGGCGGCGCUCUCGCAGUCAACGGGGUGCUGACCUCCUUGGAUGUGCGCGACAACGAGAUCGGCUCCACCGGCGCCGCCGCGAUCGCCGAGGCGCUGUGCGGCAACGGGGUGUUAAAAACGCUCGUCCUCGGCCGCAACAGCAUCGGCGACGAGGGCGCCAAGGCGAUCGGCGAGGUGCUCGCGGUCAACGGGGUGCUGACCAAACUCUCGCUCUAUCAGAACGACAUUGGUGACGAGGGCGCCAAGGCGCUGGCCUCCGCUCUGCGCGUCAACGAGGCUCUGACUGAGCUGCGCCUCAGCCGCAACAACAUCCGCGACAAGGGCGCGGCCGCGAUCGCCGAGGCGCUGCGCGGCAACGGGGUGCUGACCAAAAUCAUGCUCGAUGGCAACAACUUGGGCAACGAGGGG